UCAGCCUUACAGCUAGCGCCGGUUCGAUCUGCACAGUCCAUCACGGUGCCAUCAUCACACGGGCUGCCUACAAACUUUGCUCGUGCAUAUCAAGCCUUGCCUGCUACCCCGGAAGGCCAUAUCACUCAUCUUCAACCUUUAUAUAAUUACACCUCCGGUGCAAACCCUUGUACAACGUGCCGUCGGAGUUUUGCGGCUCUACGUCACGAGGAAAACACAGAGCCGGGUACAGAAGCCGAGAGCCGGAAGGAAGCGUGCAGCCAUGCUCGACAAUGACACGCGAGGAUGGGUCAUGGCGGUGGUGAGCGGAAUCGCUUGCACAUUUGGCGCGUCAAUAAUAUGCGUUGACCUCGUCAUACGCCAGUUUCCUGGACACCGAAACUUCAAAAUCGAAGAUAGUAAUGUGUUCCUUUCGACUGGACUGAGUCUGUCGUUUGGCGUAAUGAUCUUCUCAUCCUUAUUCAGCAUGCUUCCAUCAUCAAAGAAGUACCUGAUCGAAGGAGGCAUGACUGCAAGAAAUGCCACUCUCACUAUGGUCGGAUGUUUCCUGGUAGGCGCGCUUGGCAUCUCCGUUCUGUCAGACAUUCUGCAUCGGUAUAUUCCGCAUUCUAUUGUUGACUGCGAUCACGAGCAUGGCGAUGAAGAGGAGGGCAAAGUCGAGGACGAAGAGGUGGCUCAUUCGCAUAAGCCUAUGCAAGAGCAGAAUCUGGGACUGAUGCAGGUCGACGGCCACGAAGACCGCUCACAUGGCACGAACGGCAGCAAUAGCCUACCUCGUCGACCCUCGAUGCACAUCUCUCUGUCGACGAAGGUAUCGCAACUCGUUACUGGCCAAAAGAAGGAGCUAUGCGACGAGAAUGGACAGUGCUACGGCUACUCAGACGCAUGUGGGACGGAGUGCUUCAAGAACGUUCAACAGCGCCCACCACGCCUGCACGCCUCGAAGUCCAGCCAACAUCUCAACCCGUCAAGGCCGUCAGUAGCAAACCGACAUCAGACUACUGAAGGACUGCAGGCUCACGAACGCCAACCCCUGGUACUCGAAGAUGUCGAUGAGACGACACCAUUAAUACCUUCUCGCUCCGGGCCCGCAACAACAGAAGGCUCUGUCGCAAGUCUUCCCUCGGCCAACGGACACGGCCACAAUCAUCCCCAUCUGGCUCAGAAGCACAGCACAACGUCUCUUUCCAGCGCCUCAUCUCACUCAUCGCGUCACUCCCACGCCUCUCACGUUCCCCAGCACCACCACCACGUGCCAACAAACGCCUUCCUCGCCAUUGGACUGCAGACAUCAACUGCGAUCGCCCUCCAUAAAAUCCCAGAAGGCUUCAUAACCUACGCAACCAACCAUGCCAACCCCACCCUCGGCUUCUCAAUCUUCCUCGCGCUAUUUAUCCACAAUAUAACCGAAGGUUUCGCUCUCGCGCUGCCGCUCUAUCUCGCCAUAAACUCACGCUGGAAGGCCAUGUUCUGGUCCGCUUUGCUCGGCGGAGUCUCACAACCACUAGGCGCAGGCGUCGCAGCUUUGUGGUUCAAGGUCGCAGGGCGGGGGAAGGAGGACGGAGUCGGUGAGCCCGGAGAGAAGAUGUACGGGUGCAUGUUUGCGAUUACGGCGGGGAUCAUGGCCAUGGUCAGUCUGCAGUUGCUGGGCGAGAGUCUGGAUCUUACACAUAGCAGGAAGUUGUGUUUUGUGAGUGCGUUCGCGGGCAUGGGGAUUUUGGGCAUUAGUUCUGCAUUGACUGCGUGAGCGGAGUGCGGGGUGAGAUUUGCGAAGUGUGGUAUGCAAGGGUGGAGUGUGACCAUAGCAGUUGUUCGGCGUUAUUUGCUUGUGUUUUUAGAUUACGUCUUUGGAGUAUCGUGUAUAUCAAUGCGGACUGUGAACGUCCAUAUUCUAUUCAUUCAGCUGCGUGGUGAUGAGCUCCACCCACCCACAAUAGGUCCACCCGAUCAUUGCUCGCAGAUGAAUUAACGUAUUCGAGUUUAAAUAGCA